AUGCAGGAUUCGGCCGAACUUCGUAACACUUUCGCAAGUGGCGCUGCACGCGAUGAUUUCAGGCAAGUUGGACACCGUGGUUCAUGGGCGGCUUGCGACGAAAGGAGACGGGCGAGCUACGUUUCACUCAACAUUACGGGAAGUGCAGCAACAAACGACAAUGUUGCAUCAUCCUUACGUUUCCUACCGCAAAGUCUCGCAAAGGAAGUUCGCAUCAAGGCAGUCCGAGGCACGAUCGGAGGUCAGACCCAGUGCUGUACUGGCGAAAGCCGCGAAUGUGGAUAUGAAUACGACGAGGGCGUAACAAAAUCAAUUGGGCUACAGCAACGAGUUCACGAAUUAAGUGCGAAGGUCGCGAGUCGCGACUUUCUCUUCCAGCAAAUGAGAAGUCGGUCAGAUGAAGACUCUACGAUCUAG